GUAUCUUGUUGCGAUGAACAUCUUAAUCGUGUCUACGAAUCAGAGAUGAAAAUUGAAAGGAAUGAGAAGGGCAAGGUGGACGUAAUGAAUAGAGUGGAUGAGUUAGGAGAUAACGAAGUAAAAGGAAAGGAGGUAAAAGUGAAAAACGAUGUUGAGGAAGUGGUAAUGAAUCGAGUGGGGAAUGAUUAUGCAAAUGAUAAAGUGAAGACAAAGAUUGGUAAAACGAUUAAGAAUAAUAAGAAUAUUCGAUCGUGGAAGAGUCUUGCUAGAGAACUUGUAGAAAAUUAUGCGAAUUUGGGGAUUAGUUUUGCAGAUAUUGUUGGAAACUUGUGUCAUGGUGAUUUACAGUAUGCGAUGAACUUGUAUGAGAAUGAAG